AAAAAAUGCCAUUUUAAAUACUAGCUUGGAAAUAUGUGCUUCAGAUAUGUUUAGAAGUAUAAAGUCUACAUAUUAAGAGUAGCGUUUCUGUUUAAUAAUCAAGAAUGGCACAAAUGACCUCAAUUGUGUGCAGGAUUUGUGAUAUUUCCUUCAACUCUGUGGAACAGUUGUUUAAACACAAGGCUUAUCAUGAUCAAGAGAAGUUGGCAAAGCCUGACAGUGUUCUACAAUCAGCAGACAAGAAACUUAUCAGUCCAAUGACAAUUCCUAGUCACAAUGCUGUCAAUAAAAUGAAUUCUUUGUUCUCGUUGGAAAAAGUGAAACAAGAGCCGCUUGAAAUUAAAGGAAAAAGUAAAAGUGCAACGAAAGUUCAUCUGGUUCAGCCAAAAGAACAUGUGGUUCAGGCUUUUGGGACAACUGUACCCAGGUCAGGAGAAAAAGGUUUGAUGAUAGAAAAUGGGCCUAAGAUGAUUAUUGCAAAGCCAUUUAACAGACAAACUAAUCAAAAUUCAGAAAAUAUACAAAAUGGAAGGUUUAAAGAACCUACCAGUAAUAAAAGCCCUGGAAUUUCUAGUCCUGUUUCCAUGACAAUCAAUGCAGAUUAUUUUAAGGCUUUUGCACAUGAUGAUUCAAUCAAGAAUAAUAAAUCAAUGUCUCAAAAGAUGAAUAUUGCAACCGCAUCAAGUUACAAGAGGAAAGGUACUCCAGUCCAUCCUAAAUUAGUUUCAGAACAAAAUACUGAUGUUCUACCAUUUAAAACAAAAGUUGUGUCGAUUGAUGCCAAAAAAAUAAAAGUUGUUAUAGAAAACACAAGACAGGGCUAUGGUGAGAAAUACCCUCUUAUAACUGGAAGCAGAUUGGAGGGUUAUUUUUGUCACACUUGCAAGAUGGCAUUAAGGACUAUAAAAGAAAUGCGUGGCCAUAAAAUGGAAAAACAUGAGCCUGAUAACAGAGACAGGUAUAGGUGUGGCUUCUGUUUUGAAUGUUUUGACACACAAGAUGCAGUUCAAGAUCAUAUGGAUGACUUCGGCAAUGUAUAUCACCCUGCAAAUAUGUCUAAAGAAGGGGAGAAAAAGUUUUGUGAACGAGUGUUAAAUGAACAGAAACAGAGAAAAAUAAAGGAGAAAAAGGAAGCAGUUAGAUUGUCGCAUAUUGAUAGACUGAACAAUGUUGAUAUGAGAACGCCAGAUCACAACACAAGUAGUGCCACAUCAGGAAAACUAAUAUCACUGCUAAACAGAGCCAUGGAAGAUGGCCAUGAAGCAAUAGUUGUAAGAAAUACAGGUAAAGCUGGAGAAGUGCCAAAAGUUGUAAUUAUGGAAAGUAUGAUAAAGGAGGAAAAUUUGCUGUACAGUUGCAAAUACUGUAGAGCAACAUAUAGCUUUGAAGAAGAUUACUUAAUACAUUUAGCAUUGUAUCAUAUUCCUAGGGAAGAAUUACCCAAGUUCUCAUGUGAGGUAGUGAACUGUGGACAAAUCUUUGGUACAGAGAAGUUGCUUGAAAAACACAUUCUUGGAGUACACGUUCCUAUGACUAUGCCAAAAGGCCAAGAAUUGACUUAUGUCAAGGCUGUGCGCUCAGGAAAACAUGUAGAAUUUAAUAGAAGACUUGUUGAUGAAGUCAUUGAAACUGAUAGUUUUACAGAGACACAUGUUGAUACAAAUAUUGACAAUCUGAGAUGGCACUACAGAAAGGUUCCAAAUGAUGUUCUUUUGACAGAGGCUAACAUUAAGCAGCAUGAACCAGAUGACUACGUUGAAUUCUACAACUCAGAUGAAGACCAAAAUGAGAUCAUGGAUGAAGGCAUUGAGGAAUCUGAUGAUGACGACUUUGAAAACCAGACUGAAAAUGUGGCGGAAGGGAUAAAUGAUGUUGUUGAAUCAACUUUGGCUCAGGAAGGGGACAAGUUGAAAGUGAUUAAAGUUAGAUUUCAGGGAGGCAAACGUAUAGUUCAUGUGAUAGGCCAUAAAGAUGACUACAAACAAGAGGAGUAUCAGUUCUUCCACUGUCCAAAUUGCCCUAGAAAAUACCUGAAUACUGCAAAUUUAUCCAUGCAUAUGGAGCAACAUAGUAAUGAAAAAGUAUUUAAAUGCCCUUUCUGUUCAAGAGUUUUUAGCUUUAUGUUUAAUCUUCAGAAACAUAAGAAAACACAUUAUCAAUAUACAAUAAGACAUAGAAGGUGUAAAAGUGUAAAUAAUUUUUGUCAGUAUUGCGCCAAAGCUGGUAUUGUAAACAUUGAUAAUCACUCGAUACUGCACACAUAUACGAGAGGUAGAUUCAUGUGCGAUGGAUGUGCUAGAUUGUUUCAUUCGAAAGUGGCUGUAGAAAUUCAUAGAAAAUACAGUUGUGGUCGCCAACUACAGAUUUCUGAAGAAAAACCAGAUUAUUAUUUUGUGUACUUUGACGAUCUUCUAAGCAACGAGAACAACGAAAUACAAAUCCCAUUUAGUAUGUCAUAUAAAGAACACUGAUCUUUCCUAUGAUGACAUACACUUAUUUGUUUCAACUAUUAAACCAGACAAAUUCAGUUCAUGUAAGGUCAUGCAAGAUUGAUUCUAUUUUUAGCGUCAUCGUCAGUCAGACAAAUUUUAAACAUAACAAACAAUUACAAAUUAGAAGUUGAGCCAAAAACUGAGAUUUAAGGAGCAGACAUUUAUACACAGUCAAGAAAAAUUAUACGACUUUACCAUUAUUUUUUUCAGAUCAGAUUUAUUUUGAGUCUGCAAGAUAGCAACAAGUACAACAUAAGCCUGUGUAAGCUUUUUAACCGACUAAGGAAAUCCGCUUAGAAUGGUCUUAGAAACUAUAGGAUGUUUUUUAUUGCUUGGAAGGCAGAUUGAAGCCUGGCGCCUAGAAUAGAAUCAAUUUGACCCAAUCAGUCUGAGUAUAAGAUUAUUUCAAUAUUAUAAAUUCAGUUUUAUUCACAAAAUUGUGCCUUUUCGGGGGAUAAAUUCUUGACCACCUAAACUUCUUUUAAAUACUACAUGUACUUCACACAUUGUAAACAGGCCAGUAGUGCUCUGAGUGGUGUUUAACAAUUUUUCUAUUGUUCGUGCGUUCAUGCAGUAUAAACCCUUGGCUGCGAUUCUGCAAAUGCAUGAAGCGCCCUUAAAUUGUAUAAUAGCGGCCGAGCGUUCGUACUGCCUAAACGCACGAAAAUAAGAAUCAAUCCUUAUAUUCACAAUAUCUAGAUUUUUUUUAAUGCAUGACCCAGGUGAAUGAACACCAUAGGAAACAUGUAAUCAAGACGGCAUUUAAUUGUACAUGUGUGUUACUAUAUUUCGGCAUGAAGUAGAUCGUAGUAAAAUCUCUAUUUGCGGGGAUUCAUUAGCGUCCAAUCAGAGCGUUGCUUUCAUACGAAACUCAGCAUACAGAGGUCACGAAAGGUCGAUCGGUGCAUGCACAAAGAUCGCAAUAUUAAUCGUACAUAAAAUCAUGUGCGAAUGUAAAUAUUGUGAAAUAUCGUGGCACGCAUGUUCACAUUUACGAUAGGUGUAUUGUUCCUCAGAUUUAACUGGUAGAUAGGUUAAGGUCACGUGCGGGGUGAUGCCAACAGGGUGUUAUAUGUUUUUCAUGUAUUUAACAUAAUUGUGCUCAAAAACCUAAGCUGGUAUCCCAUGCCUCGAGCAAGUCGCAGGUUAUAGGUCAUGGUCAUUUUUAAGUGCCAAUGGUCAAAUUGCUUGUCCGUAUUAUAAAUGUCCUACAUUGAAUGAUUUUGAAACUUGAUCAACAUGUUCUCCUAAAAACUCAAUAUAUUUGAACUUAUCCGGACUGUAUCAUUGUCAUGCUUAGACGUAUUUGGCAAUUGACAUUUGUAUUUCCGGACAGUUGUUAAAUUAAACUGUGUAUUAAUAAAUAUAGUGUGCUCUA